AUGGAGGAUCCAGCGCAGCAGCCCGAGGAAGCGCCGCUCCUCCACCCGGCCGUCGGCGGCGACCACGCAUGGCUGCAGGCCGUGCCGAUCAAGUGGAUCCUGCUGGGUGUUCUGACCGUGGUGGUUUUGUCUGCGAUCGGCUUGUUGAGCGCCGGUUCCCUUGAUUACCAUGUGGACAGCUUCAUACAGAUAUGGACAGAGGGAACUGUGGGUGAGCGCACACACGUGGCCAACGUCUCAUCAAUUGUGAACAGUUCCAUUUGGGUGUGGUAUGGGCUGGUGCUUCCGACGGUAAACUAUUCGGUGUCCAUCGUCAACCUCAUCGGCCUCGGGUAUCUUGUCGUGUUCUUCACUUGCUGUGAGCGACGCUUCUUCUUCUUUUCCUUUGUGGGCAUUGGCGUUGUCUUUGGCAUGGGAGUCGCUGGGGUUGAUGUCUAUCUCAAGUUCGCCGGCUACGAGCUGGCUAGCGUGGUCGGCUGCUCGGGUGCUCUUACUGGAGCCACCAUGUACCUCAUGUCAACGUUUGAUAACAUGGUGGUAGCUCACAGGACCAAUGGGAACGAGGGAAAAACAAUGCUCCUGGCAACUUUUCUCAAUGCCACGCUGUGGACAGUAUACGCAAGAAUCAUCAAAGACAAUCUCAUGCUGUUCCCCAGCGCCACAGGUGUUGCCCUUUCUGUGUGCCAGGUCUUCCAGCGCUGCUUGUACCAUUUCUACAUGCCGGCUGGUGAACUGCAAACCUGGGUCAUCGGCAUUUGGAACGCCUGGUUCCGGGGUCAAGGUGGCGAUUUGAUCGACCCUAACAACAAUGAUCCGGCUGGCGUGGAGUAG